GUGAAAGUUCCUUGCUUGGAGGGGUUUUUAUCCACAGCUUCAGAAGUGGACAAGCCCACCCAGAAGAUGGAACCGAUGGACUAUAUGCUUGAGGCAACCCCAGAUUAUGAUCCAGCAAAUUAUCCUUCAGUCGAGUCUAAUGUGUGCGAGAUGGGGUCUGUUUCCACAAUUACGAAUAUGUUUACCAGCAUCCUGUAUUCUCUCAUUUUUCUCUUCAGCCUGCUAGGAAAUAGCCUUGUCUUGUGCGUCGUAAUGAAAUACGAAAGCCUCACCUCCUUAACAAACCUCUUCAUCGUGAACCUUUGCAUCACUGACUUGACUUUCUCUUGCACGCUCCCUUUCUGGAUUGUGUACAAUUAUUAUGGAUGGAUUUUUGGUGACUUCCUCUGCAAAGCUGUGACUGCCAUUUUCUCUAUUAGCUACUAUGGUGGUGUCAUCUUCCUGACCAUAAUGACAGUCCUCCGGUACCUGGCUGUAGUGGAUCCCUUGUCAUCACUGAGAACUCAGACGAAAAGGUGCGGAAAACUGUUGAGUUUGGCCAUUUGGGUGUGCAGCGUGUUAGUUGUGGUUCCUGAGAUUAUUUUUACCCGUGUAAUACCUCACAAUGGCGUACAGUACUGCGACUACGAAGGAGAAUCUAUUUGGAAGCUGGUGGAGUUGGGCCAACAAUCUGCCUUCUUCUUAUUUUCCUUCGUGAUCAUUGCCUUUUGUUACAUAAGGAUGCUGAAGAUCCUGCUUCGACAGCGGUCUCAAAGGAGGCACCGGACCGUAAGGCUCAUAUUUGCUAUAGUGCUGGUCUUUUUCCUGAGCUGGGCACCUUAUAACGUGCUUGGUUCUGUGUACGUUUUGUCCUUUCAGCAGUACAUUGUCCUACCCUGCGAACAGUACAGGCAAGUUUUCUUUGCUUUCGACAUCAGCCGCAAAAUAGCCUAUGGCCACUGCUGCCUAAACCCGGUGCUCUACGUCUUCGUCGGAGUGAAAUUCAGAAGGCACCUGAAACUCCUGUACAAGCAUUAUUCCCCUUGCCACAGCAGGAUCCCACCUUCCAGCCCCAGAGCUCAUUCUUUUCACAUGAGCCCCUACGAGGAUGCAUCAAUGUACUGAAGCAAAGGCCGCCUGAAAAAGGGAGAGUCUAAUUGACCCAGCCAGCCUAACAAAUAGAUGAAUGGCCACAACAACAACUGUCAAUUUGCAACAUCUUCUUCUUCUUCUUCUCCAGAGGAGGGAAGAGAAUAUCAUGCUUGGAAUUGCUUCUGUUUUGCUAAUAACAUAUAUUGGGGAUCAGUCUGUUCUCUGUCUUUACCUCUGCUAAAAAUUUCACAACUAUAAAUAAGAAUCUGUUUCCAUACAGGAUAAAUCGACCGUCUUUUUGUUUUCAAAUAGUCAACUAUUACUCUAAUCCCUGAAAUGUUUAAAUGAUCCAGGUAUUGUUGUGUGAUAAAUCAAAACUUGAGAUAUUAGUAGCAAAGUGUUUCCAGACAAGGGGGGAGGGCGGUUAAUAUUGUAAAUAUGUCGCUAAGAUAUUGAAUGGGUGUUGCAGCAACAUGUGUUGCUAUUUUUUAACUAAUUGUGGGGUUUUCUCAGAAAGGCUAAAUCCAGGUGAAAUAGUGGUGCGGAGGAGAUGCAGGUUGCCAUUUUGAUGCCAAGGAACCUGCAAAAACUUGCAUACACGAGGAGCUCCCAUCCCACAAUAAACAGCCAUAUGCAAUUGCAUAUUUGACCCAGCAUAGCUACAAACACAUGGAAACUCCCGGAUAUGAAUUCAAAUCUUGCAUGCAGAAAUUAGGUAGGAAGAGCAGAGUUUUGUCUAUGUGCUGUUAUACAUGGACAAAUUUGAAGGAAAAGUGCUAUAGUUCAG